GACGUUACUGGAUUCUUUACAUUCAUCAGUGAAAAUAGUCCGGCUGCAUAAAGGCAGUUGGCAUCGCAGUCAGCGAUCUUUCCAUUCGCAUGCUGAAGUUGGGAACGGAUCAUGUCUUGCGACUCUGCUGAUUACAACAGCUCAAAAGACCAUGGGGGGCCAGAUGGAAUGGAGCCUGAUGGUGUCAUCGAGAGCAACUGGAACGAGAUUACAGACAACUUUGAUGAUAUGAACCUGAAGGAGACUCUUCUCAGGGGAAUAUAUGCAUAUGGUUUUGAAAAGCCAUCUGCCAUUCAACAAAGGGCGAUCAUACCUUGCAUCAAAGGCUAUGAUGUCAUUGCCCAGGCCCAGUCGGGCACUGGCAAGACGGCCACGUUUGCCAUCUCUAUCUUGCAGCAGCUGGACAUUGAGAUGAAGGAGACUCAGGCUCUGGUGUUGGCUCCCACCAGAGAGCUGGCUCAGCAGAUCCAGAAGGUCAUUCUGGCUCUGGGUGACUACAUGGGGGCAGCCUGCCAUGCCUGUAUCGGAGGGACCAAUCUCCGCAAUGAAAUACACAAGCUCAUGGCUGAGUCCCCCCACAUUGUGGUGGGUACACCAGGACGUGUGUACGACAUGCUUACCAGGGGACAUCUUUCUGCAAAAUGCAUCAAGAUGUUUGUCCUGGAUGAAGCAGAUGAGAUGCUGAGUCGGGGAUUCAAAGAUCAGAUCUAUGAGAUCUUCCAGAAGCAGAGCACGAGCAUUCAAGUGGUUCUGCUCUCUGCCACCAUGCCAGCAGAGGUGUUAGAGGUGACUAAGAAAUUCAUGCGAGACCCCAUUCGCAUCUUGGUGAAGAAGGAGGAGCUUACCCUGGAGGGUAUCAAGCAGUUCUACAUCAAUGUGGAACGAGAGGAGUGGAAGCUGGAUACUCUGUGUGAUCUGUACGAGACACUGACAAUCACCCAGGCUGUCAUCUUUCUCAACACCAGGAGAAAAGUCGACUGGCUGACUGAGAAGAUGCACGCUAGAGACUUCACUGUCUCUGCUCUGCAUGGUGACAUGGACCAGAAGGAGCGUGAUGUGAUUAUGAGGGAGUUCCGGUCCGGCUCAAGCAGAGUUCUGAUCACUACUGAUCUUCUGGCUCGUGGGAUUGACGUCCAGCAGGUUUCCCUGGUCAUUAACUAUGACCUUCCUACAAACCGAGAGAACUACAUUCAUAGAAUCGGCCGUGGUGGUCGUUUUGGCAGAAAAGGAGUUGCUAUCAACUUCGUCACUGAGGAGGACAAGAGGAUUCUUCGGGAUAUCGAGACGUUUUACAAUACUACCGUGGAGGAGAUGCCUAUGAAUGUGGCCGACCUGAUUUGAGCCCUGAGAUUAUUAUUUUUUUAAACGCAGUGAUAGCGAUCG